AUGAGCACUCAACUAUCGCUCGACGAACUCAUUGUCAAACGGCACUCCACUCGCGGGUUUCUUAAAACUCCUGUCCCCCGCUCGAUCAUGGAACGCGCCCUCAAUCUUGCCCAACACGCUCCCUCCAACUCAAACAUUCAACCCUGGCGGAUUGCAGUUGCUUCUGGGCAUCGCCGUGACCAGCUUUCCGAUGCCUUACUCGCAGUAGCAUCACAGGGUAAGCCUAAUAUCCCUGCGCUGCCACUGGCAUUUCGCCACCACCGUUCAGAAUUGGGCCAGUCCUUAUAUGGCGGUGUCAUGGGCAUCCCUAGAGAUGACGCGACUGCUAGGAUGGCCGCUGAGCUGCGCAACUUUGACUUUUUCGGUGCCCCUACCGUAGCAAUUGUCAGCAUGGAUAAGGAAUUGGGGUUGGCAGACUCUCUAAGUGUUGGCAUGUUCCUCCAGCUGCUGUUGUUGGCGUUGGAGAACGACGGCGUUGAGUCGUGUGUCCAAGUCUCCGUAGUUGGGUACCCAGAAGUUCUAAGAAAGGAGCUGGAUAUCCCGGACAGUGAGGAGAUUAUUUGUACUGUUGCUUUGGGCUAUGAGGAUCCUGGAUACAAGCGUAAUUCGUUUCGUGCGAAAAAGGUUCCGUUCACGGAUAUUACGCGGUUCGUCGAUAACUAG